AGAGGGGGAGAGAGAGAGAGUGAGAGAGCUCUAAGUGAUGGCAGAAUGAACAAAGGCCUUUCACAAUCUCUUCUCCUGCCCAGAGGAAGAUAAAAUAUGGCUUUAGAAGAAGAGGAAGAGACCCAAAACGCACCGUUUUGUAUGCUUUUCUGCGAGGAAGAGAGUUGUAGUGUGUUCGAGGAAGACGAGAGCGUCGUAAAGUCUCCAUCUUUUCAUCUGGGUUUUCCCGAUCACGACAUGUUAUGGGACGACGACGAGUUACUAGGUCUGAUCUCGAAAGAGGACGAAUUAAAACCGUGUCUUUCCGACAAAGCCUUAGACGAGUUUCUGUCUCUGUGUCGUGAAAACGCUCUCGGUUGGAUUUUCAGAGUGAAAGGCUAUUAUGGGUUUAGUUCCUUGACGGCUCUUCUCGCUGUAAACUACUUCGAUAGGUUUAUUACAAGCAGGAAGUUUCAGACAGAUAAGCCAUGGAUGUCUCAGCUUACAGCUGUCGCUUGUUUGUCUCUAGCUGCUAAAGUUGAAGAGAUCCGUGUUCCUUUGCUCUUAGAUCUCCAAGUGGGAGAGGCGAGAUAUGUCUUUGAAGCUAAGACUAUACAGAGAAUGGAGCUUUUGAUUCUCUCUACUCUUCAAUGGAGGAUGCAUCCUGUGACUCCUAUCUCGUUUUUCGAUCAUAUUAUCCGUCGAUACAGCUCUAACUCUCACGAGUUCUUGAGUAGAUGUGAAUCUCUGUUGCUCUCCAUUGUUCAUGAUUCGAGGUUUCUAAGUUACACCCCUUCUGUGUUAGCCACUGCGAUAAUGGUCUCUGUUGCUAGAGAUUUCAAGGAAGCUGAAUACGAAUCUCAGCUCAUGACUCUGCUCAAAGUCGAUCCGGAGAAAGUAAAUAAAUGCUAUGAGUUAGUGUUAGAUCACAAUCCAAGCAAGAAGAGAAUGAUGCAUGCGUCAUUAAGCUCUGAUGGGUCGAACGAGUCAUGGGUUGUGUCUUCAGAGCCUCUAUACAAGAGGAGAAGAGUGCAUGAGCAGCAGAUGAAGUUGUCUUCAAUAAACAGAAUGUUUCUCGAUGUGUUCACUAGUAGUCCUCGCUAAUAAUUUUCAACAACCGAUCAAAUAUGUGUGUUUUCUCCUGUUUUGCAUAUUAGCGGCUAUGGUAAGGCAGAAACAUUAUGCAUUUUACUUGGCUCUUGUGUUAAAAGGAUGGUUUACUUUAUCGGUAUUUGAUCAUUGAAAUAAAAGAAACACAGAUGUUUUUUCUUAUGAACAAACUUGUGUAACGGUUG